ACCCUCUGCAACAUAUUUCCCAACUAAAAAAAAUUGAACCCAUGAUAGAAAUUAGGGUUUAUGAAGCCCUAGAAAAUUUAUUCAAAUUCCAUUAAAAUUCCCAAAUUCUAAACUGAAGAUCCAAAAAUGGCGAUGCCGCAACUGUUUGGGCGCACAAAGAAUGUGGCAAAGAGGUCAAAGAAGUAUGUAGAAGAAGCACUCUACUAUAGGCUAUUCAAAGAAGGAAGCAGUGAAGUUAGGGUUAAAGAGCAAUUGAAUCAGUUCUUAAAGAGCUCAAAGCGUGUUUACAAAUGGGAAGUUGGUGAUACUCUUAAAAAGCUCCGCGAUCGCGGGCUUUAUUACCCGGCUGUUAAGCUGUCGGACUCUAUGUCUAAGAGAGGAAUGAAUAAGACAGUCAGUGAUCAAGCUAUCCAUCUUGAUCUAGUUGCUAAAGCCAGAGGUAUUCCUGCUGCGGAAAGCUACUUUAUAGAUCUUCCUGAAUCAUCUAAGAACCAUCUAACGUAUGGAGCGCUUUUCAAUUGUUAUUGCAAUGAACUGAUGACUGAAGAGGCUGAAGCUCUCAUAGAGAAGAUGAAAGAGCUUAACCUUGGUUUAACCUCCAUGUCUUACAAUAGUUUAAUGACUCUAUACACAAAAAUAGGUCAGCCCGAAAAGGUUCCAGGAAUUAUACAAGAAAUAAAGUCCAACAGUAUCAUGCCAGAUUCUUAUACAUACAAUAUCUGGAUGAGGGCUUUAGCAGCCGUCAAUGAUAUUUAUGGCGUCGAAAGAGUAAUUGAUGAGAUGAAGAGGGAUGGUAGAGUUGCUCCUGAUUGGACAACAUAUAGCAAUUUAGCCUCUAUUUAUGUUGAUGCACAAUUGUUUGAGAAGGCAGAAAAGGCGCUGAAAGAAUUGGAGGAAAUAAAUGCUCAUCGAGAUCAUUCUGCUUUCCAAUUCCUAAUUACUCUGUAUGGUCGGAUAGGGAACUUGCCUGAGGUCUAUCGCAUAUGGCGUUCUUUGAGACUGGCAUUUCCUAAAACUUCAAAUAUAAGCUAUCUGAAUAUGAUCCAAGUGCUGGUUAAUUUGAAAGAUUUAUCUGGUGCAGAGAAAUGUCUUAAAGAAUGGGAAUCCAAAUGCUCAACUUAUGAUAUUAGGAUUGCAAAUGUUCUCAUUGGAGCUUAUGCGAAAGACGGUUUGCUAGAAAAGGCAGAAGCGCUCAAGCAAAAGGCAUGCGGUGGGAGAGGAGCUAAGCCUAAUGCUAAAACCUGGGAAAUAUUUUCAGAUUAUCAUUUUAAAAAUGGAGAUAUCAAGUUAGCUACUGAUUGUUUAGCCAAAGCGAUAUCUAAGGGUAGAGGGAAUGGUCAGAAGUGGAUUCCAUCACCUGAGGUAGUGGCAUCUUUCAUGGAACAUUUUGAGCAACAAAAAGAUGUUGAUGGAGCAGAAGGUUUUAUUGAGAUCUUGAAAAACGCUACAGAUGAUAUAGGGGCAAAUGUGUUCGAGUCACUGAUAAGAACUUAUGCAGCUGCUGGAAGGACAAGCCAAGUGAUGCGUCGCCGGCUGAAAAUGGAGAAUGUAGAGGUGAGCGAGGCUAGUCAGAAGCUGCUUGAAGUUAUAUGUGUGGAGUGAGUUUCCAUUCCUCUUUCAUUUUUGUUGUUAUGAUUUCGAAGAUAUGGAAGCAAUUUUACAUAGUUUUCUAGCUUGCCGAUUUUGAUUCAAUAAUGAAAUGCUCCCAUACCCCUUGA